GCCAGGUGUGCGCAAGCGGUUGCAGGUGAACCUCCGUGAUGGCCAGAAAAUCCGAUGUGGUGAAGAAAAUCCUGCGUUUCAAACUUCAGCUGUCAGACACAACAGAGCCUACUACGGUGCUAAAGAUUUUGCAGAAACUGAAGGAUCUGGAUAUCACAUUAGACAUUCUAGCUGAAACGGGAAUUGGCAAAACGGUUAAUUCCUUUCGGAGACACAAACAGGCUGGAGAAGUGGCCAAGUCGCUAGUUAAAGGUUGGAAAACGCUGGUCCCUAAACAAUCGUCUAGCAGGCAUGGAGAGGAUGGAGCUUUCUCUGAGAGUAAUCUGGUGAAAGUAGAUGACCUAAGCUGUCCCGACCAUGGAUGUUCGCCAGUUAAAGAUUUGCACAGUAACUCCUCAACACCCAACGGCACAGAUCUGGACACCUCCGAUGAAGCCCCAUCUAAAACACAGAAGAAAAAAGCUGAAACAGAAAAAAGACAACUUGAAGAGAUGAUUAAAAAAAGAAAAAAGAAUAGUGAAAAUUUAAAAAAUCAGCAAGAAAACCACAGAAAUCUUCCGAAGAACAUUUUGACAAGUGACACUAAAUUUCAAGCUGAUGACUCUGGUGUGUCCAAAAAGAAAAAAAAAAGCUGCGAUAAUUUGUUGGGGAGCAAAAACAACUGCCAAAAUCCUAAAUUCAGAUCUGAUUCAAAUGAGAGGCUGAGAAGAACUUCUGAGGCUGGAAGGUUCAAGUUGGAAAGAGAAUCGGACUCAAAGUCAAAGGAAUCGACGCCAGAAAGCCGAAAGUCUUUUUCAUCCAGAGACAAACCUUCCAAAAAAAUAAAAGAGGUGAAAGAUAAUUGGUCUUCAGAUGUAUCAAAGAGAUCAGAUGUCCAUAAAAGAAAGAGGAAAAAAUCAGAUAGAGGAAAACAGGAUGCAAUAAAAUCCAAACCAGACUCUGAAAACAAAAAAUAUUCCAAACACAAAAAGGCCAAAAUGGAGAGUCCCAGUGAUCCGGAAGAGCCGUCUAUGUCUUUCGAAUCUUACUUGAAUUAUGAUGAGGAUAUUUUAAAAAGAAAAGAGCAAACUGGUGUGAAAAAAGCUCAAAAGACGUAUAAAAUCUCAGCAAAAGAGCAGACGACUAAAGAUCCUGUCACAAAACCAGUAACAUCGCCCGAUCCUGUCCCAAAACAGAUGGCACCAGAUGCUCUAAUACACCUGAUGGACAUCCCUUUACCUGCUCUGCCUGAAUUAGAAAAGCCUUCAAGUGUUGACUACAUAGAGAAAAGGGCUGAGAAAGAGCCUGAUUUCUGUGACGUCUCAGAGGACUCCGCAAUCUUCACUGGCCAGCGGCUCAACAGGAAGAUGCAAGUGUACUCUGGUACCAAAACCCUUUUCCUCCCUACUAUGAUGAGCUUGUUUCAGCAGUGUAUCCGCACGCUCCAGAACAAUAUUAACCUGCUGCACGAAACUGGUGGAGUCCCAUUUGAUCUCCUUGAGCCGGUGCUGGAGAGGUGCACGCCGGAACAGCUGCUGCGCAUAGAGGAAUGCAACCCAAUCUACGUGGGAGUGACUGACGACUUGUGGGGAAAACACUGCCAGAGGGAUUUUAAACACUGCAGACUUCAGGAAUAUGAGUCAUGGAAAGAGAUGUAUGUCAGGCUGUCUGAGGAGAGGGAGAGGAAGCUCAGAACACUGACGAAAUCCAUCGUCUCAGCACAGUCUAUGAAACCAAAGGGUAUGUGCGUGGUACAGAAAACACCUGUCUCGUUUCUUAAAGGACGGCAGGUGAAGAUGGCAUUUAUUCACAGUGUUGCUAAGCCACCAAGAGAUGUGCGAAUUCAGCAGGAAAUUCAUGGAACUGCUGUUCAGCAGCCACAUCUUCUCAAGAGCAGCGUCAAAUCUCAGGACAAUCAAACGAGGUCCAGUUGUGUUGAGCCCAGCAGGUCUAGCAGCACCAGCUCCGCAGGGAGCAACGCCCACGACCCUCGCAAGAAAACAAAAAUCGCUCCAAUGAUGGCGAAGUCUUUAAAGGUCUUUAAGAAACAGCUGGGACGCAGAUAAACUCUGUGACGUUGCUCUAGAGACGAGAUGCACAGAAAUUGUAACUUCAGACAUUCAGCUUAUGUUCUCUUCAAUUUGUAUUUGUCCCUGUUCACUUAAAUAAGGGCAACUGCAUUUUUCUGUUAAUUCCCCUCACCAAUAAAUGGACAAUAUGACAUCA